CAACAUUUCGGUUAGGUGGCAUCCUCCAACAUGCUGUCAUUCUGAAUUAAAUGGCGCUGAUUUUGCAAGCAUUUUUGAUAAAAUAACUAAAUAAAAUGUCCAGUGAAAGCGAUGAGUAUUACAGCGACCCGGAUGAUUCGGUGGUCAACAACACGAGUUCUGGGCGAUCAAGCAAGUCCUCGCGACCCAACAGCCGCAGUAGCAAGGGCGCUGGCGUGGUCAUAGAUGAAACUGAGUCGGAGCAGGAGGAGACCCAGUCGGAGGAAUCGGAGGAGACCGGGGAGUCGGAGGAUUCCGAGGAGUCGGGCGACUCCGAGGACGCCAGCGAUGAGGAGGAAGAGCUGGAAGAUAGCGUACGUCCACCCGCCAAGACCUCCAAGAAGAAGCCACUGGGAAUCGCAUCCGACAGCGAGGAUGAGGUGGAAGAGCUGGACGAAAGCGUGCGUCCCACCGCCAGAAGCACCAAGAAAAAGGUUCAGAAAAUCGCCUCCGAUAGCGAGGAGGAGAACGAGGAGCUGGAAGAGCGCGCCCUGUCUCCCAGCACCCGCAUGAGCAUCACUGGCAUACGUCCCGCUGAUUUCAGCGACGGCGACAGCGAGAUUGAGUACAGCGAUGAGGGGCAGAAGACGCUCCAGGAUGCCGCUGGCGAACCUCUUGUGCCGCGCUACACCACCCAUUUCGCGGGCAAUAUCCAGGAGACCCUCCACUCGACCCUCGGUGCUGCGGACCUGGAGCCCAUGGAUGACUCCAGCGGCAGUGACGUGCUCAUACUGAGCAACAAGGAGACCCCCAUUGAGAUAUUAUCCAGCACGGAUGAUGACGCCAGCAACAACAAGGAGAACAUGUCCGGUCCUCCGUUUGUGCGUCCGUCUAGGUCCUACUCGCCAAGAAGUAGCGCUGGCGCUCCAGUGGUCAAGACCACCAAGAAUCUCAGCCAGCCCACUAUUCAGGCGGCGCUCAAACAAAGAACCUCGCCCGGCGCUCCACGUCAUGCGCGGGUGAAGAGCGAGGACCAGAAGGUGGUCAGCCAGGCGGUCUACGAGGAGGAGAUGCGCCAGUUGGCCGAAAAGCGUGUUCAGCUGAGCGAUGCUGAGAAGCUGUUCGAAAAAGUGGCCCACAAGAUGCCCGACAAGGGCAGCCAGAUUAGAAAGCGCAUCAAUACCCUCGCCGAGGAGCUCCAAGUAGUCGAGCAAUACGUCAGCGGACUGAAGGUGGAGCCAAACAAAGUGGCCCCCAUCAAGGUGGCCAAGCCAAUGUUUAAUGCACCCAAAGCCCCAUCUCUCGACGCCCCGGACUGGGACGAGCUGUCGGCGGCGGUCAAUCAGAUACAGCCCGUCUUUACGGGCGCCCAGGGAAUGGCCACGUUCAACAAUCAGAAGGCGUUGACCCUGGAAUCUCUGAAGGAUCUCCAUGGCUCAUUGAAGGAUUGCCCUGGUCCCGAAGUGCUGGCGGAGGAUCCUGUGGGCUUGAAAGUAUCGCUUAUGGACCACCAAAAGCACGCCCUGGCAUGGAUGUCGUGGCGCGAACGUCAGCUUCCCCGCGGAGGAAUCCUCGCUGACGAUAUGGGCUUGGGAAAGACUUUGACCAUGAUCUCAUCCGUGCUGGCAUGCAAGAAUCGUCAGGAGAGAAGCGAGGGCGAUGAUCCUGGCAGUGACAGCGACAGCGAGGAUGAUAAGAACAAAAACAGGAAAAGCACCGGCGGCUGGAACUCGAAGGGCCGCAAGGACACCCACAAGGGUGGCACUUUGGUGGUGUGCCCGGCCAGCUUGUUGCGCCAGUGGGAGAGCGAAGUGGAGUCCAAGGUGGCGCGCCAUAAGCUGACCGUUUGCGUGCACCACGGCAACAAUCGCGAGACCAAGGGCAAGCACCUUCGCACCUACGACAUCGUGGUGACCACCUACCAAAUUGUGGCGCGGGAGCACAAGAACCUGAGUGCAGUGUUUGGCGUCAAGUGGCGUCGCAUCAUCCUGGAUGAGGCUCAUGUGGUGCGCAACCACAAGUCGCAGUCAUCGAUGGCAGUCAGUGAUCUGCGGGGAAAAUAUCGCUGGGCGUUGACCGGCACUCCCAUCCAAAACAAGGAGCUGGAUGUGUAUGCCCUGCUGAAGUUUCUGCGCUGCUCCCCUUUUGAUGAUCUGCACACAUGGAAGAAGUGGAUUGACAACAAGAGCGCUGGCGGGCAAAACCGCCUGAAUCUCCUGAUGAAGUCGCUCAUGCUGAGGCGCACUAAGGCUCAGCUGCAGUCGGAUGGCAAACUGAACAAUCUGCCCAAUAAGGAGCUGCGCUUGAUGGAGAUUAAGCUGGGCACUGAAGAGAUGAAUGUUUACCAAACAGUGAUGACUUAUUCCAAGACUCUGUUCGCUCAGUUUCUCCAUCAGCGCGCUGAGAAAGACACUGCAUUCAAUUACAGGAGCGAUGCCAAUAAACCGACUUACAAUCAAAUUAAAGAUCCCAACGGGGCGUAUUAUAAAAUGCAUGAAAAAUUCUCCAGGAUGGCCGGAAGCACAAGGGAGGUCAAGUCCCAUGAUAUUCUUGUGCUAUUGCUGCGCCUGCGACAGAUUUGCUGUCAUCCCGGGCUGAUCGAUGCGAUGCUGGAUGGAGAAGAGGCCAAUAAUAUGGACGAGCAUAGUAGCGACAGCGAUACGCCGGAGAUCGAUUUGUUAGCACAGCUCAAUAAACUGGCUAUCACCGACACCUCCACCGAGUCUCCGAAUUCCAUUGCCGGUGAAGCCGAUAAGAGCCUGGAGCCAGAUGAAGCUCGCAUCGCCAAGGCUUCCAAGAAUCUGCUUAGGCGCACUAACCCGGUAUUCAAUUUAAACCGCCCGUCUUCAAAAAUAUCCCAGGUUAUAAAAAUACUCAAGACAUCGAUUCUGAAGAGCUCGGACGAUAAAGCCAUAGUAGUGUCGCAGUGGACCUCAGUGUUGAACAUUCUACGUGAUCAUUUGCAUAAGGAUAGUGUGCCGACUCUGUCGCUCGACGGAAGUGUUCCGGUGAAAAACCGUCAGGACAUUGUGAACCAGUUCAACGAUAAAAACAAUCAAAAGCGCAUUCUGUUGCUCUCCCUCACUGCUGGCGGUGUGGGCUUGAACUUGAUUGGUGGCAAUCACCUAUUGCUUUUGGAUCUGCACUGGAACCCACAGUUGGAGGCUCAGGCCCAGGACCGAAUCUACCGCGUGGGCCAAAAAAACGUGAUUAUCUACAAGUUCAUGUGUGUGGACACUGUUGAGCAGCGAAUCAAAGACUUGCAAGAUAAGAAAUUAGAGCUGGCCAAUGGCGUCCUUACCGGCUCCACAGUUAGCUCCAAACUCACCAUAGACGACCUUAAAGGUCUGUUUGGAAUGUGAGCUGGCGUACAACUGUUGCGUUUGUUUAUUUUAGUUUUCGUUCAGAAUAUGCAUUUCAAAAAACCGCUUCUAUGUUUAUUUACAGCGAAAUAUUUAUUUAAGAUAAUGUAAAUUUUCAUUAUGUUUUUAGUUCUUUGUUUCGAAGCUUUUGUUUUAAAAUUAACUAGAAUACCGUUUAAAGUGUUUGGUGAUCUAUAAUGAGUUCCAUUAAAAAUUGAAAUGUCUUCUACUAAGUUUCGAUAUCCUUAUUUUAAUAUUUCGCGUUGUUUGUUUAAGCGGAUACAAUCAAAUUCCCCUACAAUCUGAAUAGCAUAACAUAUUUGGUUUUUGUCAAAAUGUAGAAAAGAAAUGUUACAUGUGUAAAGGAAACUGUGUUUUCUUAAGCUAAGAAAAGUACGCUACACUACUUUCAGAUCAGCCAGAUCAGUUAUCAAAAGGUAAUAAUAAACCGCAUGCUUUCCUCACAUAGCAGCGCACAGCCGAAGAAAAAUGUAAAGUAUUCUUAAGAAGAGCUAAAUAAAAUGUUCGUUUCCAGCUGAUAAUCUCAUAUCAA